AUGAUAACUGACGAGGAUCGUUAUCGAGAGCCAAUGAGAAUAAAGAAGGCUGCGUGCGCAUUUGACCGCCCCGUUGGUGUGCCAGAUACUACUACAUCUACCCUGAUUGAUUCCGAAAUCGAGUUUAGUCACCACACGAAAGCCACCGAUUCCCACCUGUAUCUAAUGACGACUAGCUGUCAUCCCCCACACACAUUUGAGGGUGUGCCUAAAGGUCUGGCUACCAGAAUUCGUCGCACCUGUUCAUCCCCUGCCUUAUAUCAGGAACAGAGCAGUCUCCUAAAGUCCCAUUUAUGCAACAGUGGCAUAAAAGAAAUGCCCGACUGCAUCUCACGUCUGUUUAAAAUGGAUGUUUGGACGACUGCUAUUUUGUUUUUCACUAUAAGUUUUAAUACUUUUCGAAAAGUGGAAAGUAUAUCCUGUGAUUUUGAAAAUGGCGAUGAUUGUGGAUGGGCAAACGUUAAUUUUGAGGUAUCCCGAUACAAAAGUCCAUUAGAAAAAUCCGGUCCAAAAAAGGCUUUCCAAGGAGUCUACUAUGCAUAUUUCGACGUAAGGGAUGAGAAAGAGACGGAUGCAGUCCUGGAAAUCCCAUAUGCCAAUGGGAGGUGUUUAUUUUUUGCCUACCAUAUGUGGGGAUCACAAAUGGGAUCCCUUUGGGUAAAUGUCACUGAGGAUGAAGAGCCUUUGUUCGCACAGGCGGGAGAUCAAGGGAAUGAAUGGCAUUGUGUUAGCACUGAACUACCCUUAGAUCGACUAUCCACAAUCAAGGUACAUGCUAGAAAAGGUGGAAUAUACAGCAUUAUUGGUAUAGAUGAUGUUGUGAUUUUUGAACCUCUAAUGAGUCCAUGCGAUGCAUUUAACUGUAGCUUUACGCCCUCACAAAUUAUAAGCACAACACAGAAGUCAUUCUUACCUUCGACAUCUAAUUCUGUUGAUAUCACAGCAAGUGCCCUAACGACUCAGCCUCCCGACUUUUUUACAGAGAACUUACCGCUAAUUGCUGGGGUACCUGGAGGUCUCGUCUUCCUCUUGUUUAUUGCUGGUAUCUUUAUAGUUGUCUGUAGAAAGAAAGAAAAAGAAAUAUUUUCAGAGGAUAUGAUAUCAGACCAGCUUCCACGGAGUACAAGAAAUAACAGAUACAGGUCAUUUCCGCACAAUCAUCAACACGUAGACGAAGAAGUUUACGAUGAGAUAAAGGAAGGUCCCGAGUAUUCGUACGCCGAUAACUAUGACACACAUAAAACUUUAGAUGAAGAAUAUCUAAAGCCCACUGAAAACAAUGCUUAUCUGAAACCUCUGUCCUUGAAAGAUAAAGAUAAUGAAGGAGGAUAUACGAUAUUACCCGCCAUUACUCUCCCAAUGAGCAAGGUCAAUGCUGCCUAUACAAAUACUCCCUCACAGGAAAGCGAUGGGUAUAUCGAUCAAAAGGAUCUAAACAUUCCUAAUAAGCCUGGCAAAAAAAUAUCAAUCAGUGAUCAGGGGAAUGUUAUGUAUUGUGAUGUCAGACAAACUAUGGAACAGAAGCAAAGCACUGAACUGAAUCGAACCUAUCUCUCGCUUUCUCAUAUGUAA